GGCUUGGAAGGCGGAAGGCAUAUAAAAUCCUCUCGCACCGGCUCAGCCCCUCCUUUUCCGUUUCCGGCCGCGGUAGCGACGAGAGGGAAUUCUCCACAAUGUCUGCUCAUCUGCAGUGGAUGAUUGUACGCAACUGCUCAAGUUUCCUUAUCAAAAGGAACAAGCAAACUUACAGCACAGAGCCCAACAACCUUAAGGCCCGUAACUCCUUCCGUUACAAUGGUCUGAUACAUCGCAAGACUGUAGGGGUGGAACCAGCUGCUGAUGGAAAGGGUAUUGUUGUAGUCCUCAAGAAACGUGCAGGCCAGCGAAAGCCAGCCACUUCCUAUGAAAAGAUCACCAUCAACAAGAAUGCACGGGCCACUCUCAGCAGCCUCCGCCAUAUUAUUCGCAAGAAUAAUUACCGCAAGGAUCUGCGCAUGGCUGCCUUGCGUCGGGCCAGUGCAAUUCUGCGCAGCCAGAAGCCGGUGGUGGUGAAGAAGAAGAGGACUCGGGCUCCCAAGACGGCAUAAAAACAGUUGUCAGAUUAUCCAAUAAAGGAAUAAAACCAGAGAGCAGAGUAUCUGAAUGUCAUCCAUAAAUCUCUAAUAAUAGGAUUACUUCUCCAAGAAAAUGAACUUUGCUGUUUCCAUUUACUCUGAGAACAGAAUAAAUGUCCUCAAAAAUUGCUAUUUCUGUAAUGGGAUGGGAUUUGUAAAAUAGCAUGGAUUUGCAACUUGA